AUGGAAUCAAAAAGUGAUCUACAAAAUUCUAGGAGUUUUAAUAAGUGCCUUAAUGAAAAGCGACGACGUGAGCAAGAAAACAUUUACAUUGAAGAGCUGGCUGAGUUAAUUUCUGCCAGCUUUGCUGACAUGAGCUCUCUGUCAGUCAAACCAGACAAGUGCGCCAUCCUUCAAGAAACCGUCAAUCAGAUAAGACAUAUUAAACAACAAGAAAACUGCAGUGGGGAUGCUGCUGUGCAACAGGGUGAAGUCUCAUCAUCCAAUCCGACAGUGUUAAGAAACGAAGUUUUUGGACCUUUGUUGUUAGAAGCUCUGGACGGAUUUCUUUUCAUUGUUAACCUCGAGGGAAAAAUAGAAUUUGUCACAGAUAACGUACAUCAGUUUAUUAAAUUUACAAAGGACGAUUUAUUUGGAAAAAGCAUUUAUAAUAUAAUUCAUCAUGGCGAUCAUGCCAGGUUUAGUUCUAGUCUAUUGCCUAUGACCAUAGGUUGGCCAGAACCAAAUCCUCAAAAUAGCAGGCGGACUUUUAACUGCCGACUGUUGAUUAAACCUCCUGAUGAUCAGGAGGAAACUAUGGAAGAAAAGCAGCAAAGAAUAUCAAAAUAUGAAAAUAUGCAAAUUCAGUGCACUCAGGUACAAUUAAAUAAAGAAAAAGGUGAUUCUGAUGAUGUGACUUCUGAAUCAUCUGAAAUAGGAAGCGGUACUUUAAUGUGUGUAGCUAGAAGAAUACCUCAAAAUGAGAAAUCUGUGGGUACACCUAUCGAACAAUUUACUAUGAAACUUGAUACAAGCGGAAAAAUAAUCGGAAUUGAUACAAUUGGAGUUUCCGCUACGUAUUCACAAUACCUUAAUAAAGACCUUAUGGGUCAGAUAAUUCAAGAAAUGUGCCACCAACAAGAUUUACAAAAGCUCGCGAGUCACUUAAAAGAAGCUUUGACAACAGGUCAAAGUACAAGUGGGAUUUAUCGUUUAAGAGUUGGUACUCCCGAAAAAUACGUUCUUGUUCAAACAAAAUCCAAAUUGUUUAAGGCAAAUUCCACAAUGCCUCAGGAACCUGAUUUUAUAAUGGCUACUCAUUCCAUUAUUGGGUAA